CCUUGUCUCGGCUCCUUUCAUGUCCAACGUUAUGCUACUCGGAAUCGUUACAAACAAAGGCAAGAGGGGUCCCAACUGGAGAUCUUCCAAAGCACCGUCAGAUUUCAAACAUUAUGCGGGCCAAAAUGCUUACGUGGAAUCACGCGGGUGGUGUAUAAUUUCUCAAAGGCGAAGACCGACUUCUGUGCUUGUGCUGUUAGUCAAUAGACUCAGAGCAAUGGGUUCCAGCAAUAGCAGGUCAGUGUCGAGUCCUUCCAGGUCAGGGCGUAAGCGCCGAUUACUCCCUUCCCUCUUCUGCGGCUCCUCUGUUUCUCACUCUCCUAUGGAGAUGAGUGAUCAUGUGGAUGAUUCUUCAACAGGGUCUCCUCAAAACUCGACUCGGCCUCGUCAUAUAUCAGUUAGCUCUGAGCAGCAGUCUUCUUCAACUUUUCUACUUGAAACUGGUUUGAGUGGUUUCUGUGCGGAAACUGGAAGCAAUAGUGAUUCUGCUGUGGAUACUUCCUUCACGCAUAGCUUUAGUAAUCAUUCUGAGAAUUCCGAAUUACAUUAUCAGCAGGUAAAUGUUAAUGACAAUCUCAUGGAAGCUCAUCGAGAUGAUAAGUCACUUUCUGCUGAUGCACCACUCACAAGCAUUGUGGGUCAGGAUACUGGGGAUGUUCAUUCAGAUGCGGAGACCAUAGCAGAUAUGAGUGUGGAUGGCAAUACAGCUGAUUUUAGUUCUGAUGUAUCUGGUUCUUUGGUGGAUUCUCAACCACUUCCAAGGUCUCUCUUAUCAAUUGGGGAACAAGGUCAGAUAGGCAUGGGCGUGCUUUUGGUUGAUGUGGUGAGUAUUCAUUCCAACACUUUGUCUAGUACCAUUGAUGAAAUUAGUAACCGUGAGAUGAGAAGGAAUACUAGAAGGAUGUUUUGGGAUGCUUUCUCAAGAAACAGUUUUAGGCGGAAUAGUGAUUUCCCAACCAUUGUUUUUACGACUCGUCAUGCUGAUGAUCUAGGAUCUUCUGACAGAUGGCUCCUUGAUUUUAGUGGUGAUCUUCAUUAUGAUGGUGUUGGUCGUGAGUCUGUAGUCUCUAGCACUAGGAAUGAUCACAGAAGUGGACGACAAUGGCAAUCAAGAUACGAGACGCCAGAAAGAUUUCACGAUGUCCAUGAUGAGCAAACAUGGCAAGGUUCUUCAUGUGCAACAGGGCGUCAUCCACGCGGUACAUGUUCAUGUGAAUCCUCAUUCCUUGGUGAGGAGUCCAGUAGCCAAGCAAACAUUUCACAAUCACAAAUAUUCAUGCUUGCAGAUGCACUCUUUGAGGUACUCGAGGAAAUUCAUCACCAUCGCAUGUCUCGUUCACUAUCUAUGCUCACACUGCCGGCUCCUGAAGCUGUUGUGAAUUCAUUUCCCCUUAAGAAUCAUAAAGUUUCUUGUAAAUCUGAGAAUGGGGCACAUGAUGUGCAACAGUGCCACAUUUGCUUGGUUGACUAUGAGGAAGGGGAUAAAAUUAGAGUCCUUCCUUGUUCUCAUGAAUAUCACAUGUUAUGUGUUGAUAAAUGGCUCAAAGAAGUACAUGGGGUAUGCCCUCUCUGCAGAGAUGAUGUUUGCAAGGGUGUAGCUGAAGGUUCUUCCUCAAACCCUGAGAUCCCAUCUCUUUGAUGCUUAUGUAUAUAAAUAUGUAGAUCAAGUAAAAACCUUUUUCUCAAAAUGGCUUUCAGCCUGUAAGAUUUAUACAACUUGUAGUGUAUAAUAUGCCAUCUAUAGAUAGUACUUGGACA